CCCCCCAAAAAAGACAAAAAAAAAACCCUCAAAACAAAUUACAUUUAUUGUAUUCGCAUAUGUGUCAGAGGACACUUUUUGAAUGUCAAUUCUUUCCACCAUGUGGGUCUUUAGGCUCCAACUCGGGUCAGAGGUAUAAAGGCAAGCUCAUGCUGCUGCCCACCAUGUACUGAACAGUUUUAGGAGUCAGGGGGAUGGGGGUUUUGGUUAAAAAAAAAUUCCAAAUUUCAGACAAGGUCUCAUUAAUCUCAGGCUGGCCUCUAAUUUGCUUUGUGGUCAAGGAUGACCUUGAACUUCUGCUCUUCCAGCCCGCACCUGUCAAGUGCUGGGAUUAAAGGUGCGGACCAGUGCAAUACGUUUUUUGUGGUAUGUGGUGCUGGGGUCAGGGUUUGGUGAAUGCUACAGGCACGCACACUACCAAUUAAGCCUAGCGCACCGAGACAAUUCGGUGUUCCGUGUCAGUCAACAUUUAUACAACUGAUGUAUAGUAAUAUCAACUUACGCCAGUAUUAGGGACAAAACAUUUCGUACUUUUUGCACCCCAAAGUUUCCACCUCACUCGCAGUACCAAGCCCCGCCCUACUCGCCUCCAGGACGACGUCACCGGCCGAGGUAUAUAGUGACGUCAUUACCGGCCGCCUCUGCUCCAGCCCCUCUUCGGAAACGUCUGACUCCUGGGACCGAUCUCCAGCUUUCGGAACGAUGGAGGCCGCGCCCGGGACCCCCCCGCCGUCGCCAUCAGAGUCGCCGCCGCCGCCAUCGCCGCCGCCGCCAUCAACGCCUUCGCCUCCUCCGUGUUCCCCCGACGGCCGCGCGGCCACCCCGCACCUCCUCCACCACCUCCCGCUCCCUGACGACAGGGAAGAUGGUGAGUUGGAAGAAGGCGAGCUGGAAGAUGAUGGGGCUGAGGAGAUUCAGGAUACCCCCGGAGGGCAAGAGAGGAGCCGGAAAGAAAAAGGGGAGAAGCACCAUAGCGACUCUGAGGAGGAGAAAUCUCACCGGAGGCUGAAGCGGAAACGGAAGAAAGAGCGAGAGAAGGAGAAGAGGAGGUCGAAGAAGAGGCGGAAAUCCAAGCACAAACGCCAUGCUUCCUCCAGUGAUGACUUCUCCGACUUCUCAGAUGACUCAGAUUUCAGCCCCAGUGAGAAGGGGCACCGCAAGUACCGGGAGUACAGCCCCCCGUAUGCGCCGUCCCACCAACAGUACCCCUCUUCGCACAAUACACCACUGCCCAAGAAAUCCUACUCCAAGAUGGACAGCAAGGGCUACAGCAUGUAUGAGGAUUACGAGAAUGAGCAGUAUGGGGAGUACGAGGGGGACGAGGAGGAAGACAUGGGCAAGGAGGACUACGACGACUUCACCAAAGAGCUCAACCAGUACCGGCGUGCCAAGGAGGGCAGCCGAGGCCGAGGUAGUCGAGGCCGAGGCAGGGGCUACAGAGGCCGUGGGAGCCGUGGAGGAUCUCGAGGCAUGGGCAGGGGCAGGGGCAGCCGAGGCCGGGGCAGAGGCUCCGUGGGAGACCACCCAGAGGACGAAGAUGACUUUUACGAGGAGGAGAUGGAAUAUGGAGAAAGUGAGGAACCAAUGGGAGAUGAGGAUUACGACGAAUACUCCAAGGAGCUGAACCAGUACCGCAGGUCCAAGGACAGCCGAGGCCGAGGGUUAAGUCGAGGCCGUGGCCGAGGUUCCCGAGGAGGCCGAGGGAAGGGGAUGGGCCGGGGCCGAGGUCGAGGCGGUCGAGGGGGCAUGAACAAGGGCGGAAUGAAUGAUGAUGAAGACUUCUAUGACGACGACAUGGGCGAUGGUGGUGGCGGAAGCUACAGGCGGAGUGACCAUGACAAACCUCACCAACAGUCUGACAAGAAAGGCAAAGUCAUCUGCAAAUACUUCGUGGAAGGGCGGUGCACGUGGGGAGACCACUGCAAUUUUAGCCAUGACAUUGAACUGCCAAAGAAACGAGAGCUGUGCAAGUUCUACAUCACAGGCUUCUGUGCCCGGGCCGAGAACUGCCCCUAUAUGCAUGGUGACUUUCCCUGUAAAUUAUACCACACCACUGGGAACUGCAUCAAUGGUGAUGACUGCAUGUUCUCCCAUGACCCUCUGACCGAGGAGACACGAGAGCUUUUAGAUAAGAUGCUGGCUGAUGAUGCAGAAGCAGGUGCCGAAGAUGAGAAGGAGGUAGAAGAGCUAAAGAAGCAGGGCAUCAACCCCUUGCCCAAGCCACCCCCUGGCGUGGGCCUCCUGCCCACCCCCCCACGUCCCCCUGGGCCCCCGGCCCCCAACUCUCCCAAUGGCAGGCCCAUGCAGGGCGGCCCUCCUCCCCCUCCCCCACCGCCCCCUGGGCCUCCACAGAUGCCCAUGCCUGUGCAUGAGCCACUGUCCCCGCAACAGCUGCAACAGCAGCAGGACAUGUACAAGAAGAUCCCCUCCUUGUUCGAGAUUGUGGUGCGGCCCACAGGACAGCUUGCUGAGAAGCUGGGUGUGAGGUUCCCUGGACCUGGUGGACCCUCAGGGCCAAUGGGUCCCGGGCCCAACAUGGGACCUCCAGGGCCAAUGGGGGGCCCCAUGCACCCAGACAUGCACCCUGAUAUGCACCCUGACAUGCACCCGGACAUGCACCCGGAUAUGCACCCAGACAUGCACCCAGACAUGCACCCUGACAUGUCGAUGGGCCCUGGCAUGAACCCUGGCCCACCCAUGGGUCCCGGCGGCCCCCCGAUGAUGCCCUAUGGUCCUGAAGACUCCCCACACUCGGGAAUGAUGCCCCCCAUCCCAGCAGCCCAGAACUUCUAUGAGAACUUCUACCCGCAGCAAGAAGGCAUGGAGAUGGAGCCAGGGCUCACUGGUGACACAGAGGACUACGGGCACUACGAAGAGUUGCCGGGGCAGCCUGGGGAGCCCCUCUUCCCUGAGCACCCUCUGGAUCCCGACAGCUUCCCCGAGGGAGGGCCCCCAGGCCGGCCGAAGGCGGGCGCCGGUGUCCCCGACUUCCUGCCCUCAGCCCAGAGGGCCCUGUACCUGAGGAUCCAGCAGAAGCAGCAGGAGGAGGAGGAGAGAGCGAGGAGGCUGGCUGAGAGCAGCAAGCAGGACCGGGAGAAUGAGGAAGGUGACACCGGAAACUGGUACUCAAGUGACGAGGAUGAGGGCGGGAGCAGUGUCACGUCCAUCCUCAAGACUCUGCGGCAGCAGACAUCUAGCCGACCUCAGGUUUCAGUUGGGGAGCCAAGCAGCAGUGGGCUGGGGGACCCCCGUCUGCAGAAAGCACACCCCACAGGAGGCCGACUGGCUGACCCCCGUCUGAGCCGGGACCCCAGACUCAGUCGCCAUGCAGAGGCCUCUGGUGGGUCGGGCUCAGGGGACACAGGGCCCUCUGACCCUCGAUUGGCUCGCACCCUGCCCACCUCCAAGGCCGAGGGCAGCCUUCAUUCCAGCCCCAUAGGCCCCAACAGUUCAAAAGGGUCUGGACAGCCUCCUGCAGAAGAGGAAGAAGGGGAACGGGCCCUGAGGGAGAAGGCUGUGAACAUUCCCCUGGAACCCCUGCCAGGGCACCCACUGCGGGACCCACGCUCCCAGCUGCAGCAAUUCAGCCACAUCAAGAAGGAUGUGAUCCUGAGCAAGCCAAGCUUUGCCCGAACUGUGCUCUGGAACCCCGAGGACCUAAUCCCCUUACCCAUCCCCAAGCAGGAUGUGCCCCCAGUGCCUGCUGCCCUGCAAUCUCUGCCUGCCUUGGACCCCAGGCUGCACCGAUCCACCCCUACAGGGCCUCCCAACACCCGGCAGCGCCCAGGCACAUCCACGGACCCCAGUGCAUCUGGCUCUAACCUGCCUGACUUUGAGCUCCUCUCUCGAAUCCUCAAGACUGUUAACGUCAACACCCCCAGCCAGAGUGACAAACCCAGUGACCCCAGGGUGCGGAAGACCCCUACAGACCCUAGAUUACAGAAGCCAGCAGACCCCGCGGCAGCCUCCCGUGCAGCCAAGCCUUGCCCCACUGAAGCAUCACCUCCUGCUGUCAGCCCCAGCGGGGACUCAUCCCCUCCAGCCACGGCUCCCUACGACCCCCGAGUGCUGGCAGCUGGUGGACUGGGCCAAGGCGGUGGUAGUGGGCAGAGCAGCGUGCUGAGCGGCAUCAGCCUAUAUGACCCGAGGACUCCCAAUGCAGGUGGCAAAGCUGCAGAAGCAGCCUCUGACCCAGGCACCCAGCUGAAGGGUCCUGAGGGCAAUGGCAAGAGCUUGGCCUCUAAGGCCAAGGAGCCCCCAUUUGUCCGCAAGUCUGCCCUAGAGCAGCCAGAGACAGGGAAGGCUGGCACAGACGGGGCCACGGACAGAUACAACAGUUACAACCGGCCCCGGCCCAAGGCUACUUCGGCCCCUACCGCUGCCACAGCCACCCCACCCCCUGAGGGGGCUGCACCCCAGCCUGGGGUGCACAACCUGCCUGUGCCCACCCUCUUUGGGACUGUGAAGCCAGCCCCCAAAACAGGCACAGGAAGCCCAUUUGCUGGCAACAGUCCUGCUCACGAGGGUGAGCAAGACGCAGGGUCCCUGAAGGACGUUUUUAAAGGCUUUGACCCCACAGCCUCCCCCUUCUGCCAGUAGUGUUUUUGGGAGCCAGGGCUCCUUCACUCCACCGCCCCUUCCUAGAGUGAUAUUUAAGGGCAGCAACCAGAGUUGGGGGCAGGUUGGGGUCAGGAUGUUCUUCUUUUCUCCCCCUUUUUCCUUUUUUAAGUAGUACUUUCUUUGAGACAUAAAUUGUAUAUAACCAUCUUCGUUUCUGGUCAGUGCUGUAGGCUCCUGGGCUUCCGCCCCUGAGUGAGCAACUCGUGCC